UGAAUCAUAUAUAUAUGGGUAGCUCUUCAGGAAUUGUUUGUCUGAUUGUGAUGUGCAUGGUAGUGAGUGCACCUCAUGCACAAGCAGCCGUAACAUGCGUUGCCGUGGUACGUGCCUUAUCUCCCUGCCUUGGCUACGCACAGAAUGGUGGGACAAUCCCACCUCUUUGCUGCAACGGAGUUAAAUCCCUAUAUAGAAAUGCCGCCACUACCGCCGACCGCCAGACAGCUUGCUAUUGUCUCAAAGCACUCAUCGGUUCCACCGCUUACCCAAAUGCCCCCGGAAUCCCUGGCAAAUGCGGCGUUUCUAUUCCAUACAAGAUCGCCCCUUCCACCGACUGCAAGAAGUCAGCUCUCAAUCUCCCUACCUACCUAUAAUCUCUACUACUUAUAUAUACAUACACAAUUUGUUACUUAAAUUAAUUAACUAUUUCUUCUUUCAGGGUCACUUAAGCCGAUCUACAAACAUCGCCGACACGAGUUAGAGUUCGAGUUCAAAACCUAAGCCGGCGCAAAGUUAUCUAUUUUUCUUAUUAUUAUUUUGAGAGAAUAAAACAUGUAGGCGGGUCAUCGUGGACCCUCUCUUACUACUUGUUAUUGUACUCAAUAUAU